AAGUAGUCAUUUAUUUAUCAAGACCCAUGAAUAAAAUAUAUUAGUUGGAAUAAGCAUGUAAUUCACUAAUUCUAAAGAUUAUGGUUCCCCAAUGAAACAAUUGACACCAACACUUUGAAGGGGAUCGAUAAAAAAUGGAAGAUAUACCUCGACCUCGAGUGAAGCUUGGAAGCCAAGGCCUAGAGGUUUCAAAGUUGGGGUUUGGAUGCUCAGGUAUGACUAGAAUGUAUUACGCCCCUGUUCCUGAAGAGGUUGGAAUCGCUUUGAUCAAAUAUGCAUUCAACAAAGGAAUCACUUUCUUUGACACAGCAGAUGUUUAUGGACCACCCCAUGGUGCCAACGAAAUCAUUGUCGGAAAGGCGCUGAAGGAUUUGCCACGAGAUCAAAUUCAAAUAGCCACAAAGUUUGGAAUUGUGAAAAUGGAACCAAAUAAUGUCAUAAUAAAUGGUACACCAGAAUAUGUUCGAUCAUGUUGUGAAGCUAGCCUCCAACGCCUUGGGGUGAAUUACAUUGAUCUCUAUUAUCAACACCGUAUUGACACCACAGUACCUAUUGAAGACACAAUGGGGGAGCUUAAGAAGUUGGUGGAAGAGAGAAAGAUAAAAUACAUAGGAUUAUCUGAAGCGAGUCCAAACACAAUUAGGAGGGCACAUGCAAUUCAUCCUGUAACCGCUGUUCAAAUGGAAUGGUCCCUUUGGACUCGUGAAAUUGAGCAAGAUAUUGUUCCACUUUGCAGGGAACUUGGAAUUGGAAUAGUAUCAUACAGCCCUCUUGGCCGCGGAUUUUUAGGUGGCAAGGCUGUCACAGAAAACUUAGCUACAAACAGUUUUUUGGUUUCUCAUCCAAGGUUCCAAGGGAAGAACCUUGAUAAGAACAAAAUCUUAUAUUCUAGGAUAGAAAAGUUGGCAGAGAAGCAUGGAUGUACAUCUUCACAACUUGCUCUUGCAUGGAUUUGCAAUCAAGGAGACAAUGUGGUACCCAUCCCUGGAACUACCAAGACAAAAAAUAUUGAUAGUAACGUGGGUUCAUUUGAAGUGAAGCUCAACAAAGAUGAUUUGAGGGAGAUUACAAAUGCCAUACCAAUCUCUGAGGUGGCAGGGGAUCGAAUUGCAGAUAUUUAUGUUAAAUUUUUAUGGAAAUUUGCUAAUACUCCACUAAAACCAUAGCUUAAUACUUGUUAUAGAUAUGAAAAUUAAGAUAUCUUUCUGUCUAGUUUUUACUCGUUUGUCACUAUGGCCCUUCUAAUUAAUAUUAAUUUUAUGUUUCACU